UGACUGUGCCGAAAGAAAAAUAUUGACAUUCGCAAGGCACACACGAGUCGAGAAAAGCAAUUUUAUAGUGCACGAAUCCGCAAAAACUCGUUAGUGUCGAAUUGUCAGUCAUUUUUUCUCCCUGCAACUACUAGUAUAUAUCGCACAGGAUGGCUCUGCACUUUAUCCUUCGUUCGUCCUGCACAAGAAGUGCUCCAGUUUUUGGUUCGCUGCUCAACGGUGGUAAAACGCUAGCCGUGAAUCGCUCGUUGACAUCGGUCUCGAGGUCACUGCUGGCAGCGAAGCCUACCACUAUCUCAUCGCUUGGCGUAAGCGCGCUGAGAAAAUUUUCCGCCAGUCCUAUCAGACAGGCGGCUGCAACUGGAAAUCAUGUCACCCUAUGGAACGCCGAACGUGCCCUGGCCACUGCCAUGCUGGGAGUGCUUCCCGUAGGAAUGAUGUUCCCGUCGCAAGCCGGCGAUGCCCUGAUGGCCGUUUGUAUUGUGAUGCAUCAGUAUUGGGGUCUGGAAGCAAUCGUGACCGACUAUGUGCGACCGAUUCUCUUCGGAUCAACCGUUCCCAAGAUUGCCCAUGGACUGUUGCUCGUUAUAUCGGCUGCUACGCUGGGAGGACUAUUUUAUUUCAUUCACAACGACAUCGGUAUCGCAAACACUAUUAGAAAGAUCUGGAGUACCAAGCCAAAGGCUUAAGUACACUUGGGAAGGUCAUCAGCACAGAUCUGUUCGAAGGAUGAUGGGUUUCGGAUGUAAAUGAGGAGGCAACAAAUUGUGAUCAAGAUCUAAUUCGCUGUGCAGCAGAGCGGAAUAAUUUGAAUAACUAUCGUUUCUUAUUUGAAUAUAGAAGGCAGAAGAAGUCUAAUGCUGGUA